AUGGAUAGAUGGGAAAGUCAAGGAGAAAAUUCGUACGAAUUCAAGAUGAAACAAGUACUUGUUGAUUUGAAAGCGAAACCAUCAAUUACAGCUGGAAAAGAUUGGGAUUUAACGGGAAAGGUAUGCAGCGACAGAGCUAAGAUUAUUGAAAAUGUUGUCUAAAGAAAUGAAUUAUCGGAAGAAGCUCUUAGUUAUCUAAAACCGAAAGAUUGUCAUGCUCCAAGAUUGUCAGGUUUACCAAAAAUACACAAAGAAGGAGUUCCAUUGAGAGGUAUUGUGUCAAUGGUAGGAUCCCCGUUUGAAAGAAUUUCCAGGUAUCUAAUACCUAUUUUACGUAUAAUUCAAGGACGAAGUGGACUGUUUGUUAAGAAUUCGAUGGAGCUUAAAGAAAGAGUCAAGGAAUGGAGGGUUGAAGGAGACGAGAUUCUAG